GAGAAACGAUUGAAAGCUGAGACAGACUUAGCGCGCUCAGUUGUUGCUUCACCUGCACCGCCUCACACAGCUGACAGACACACAGAGAAACGACUCUGAGGACUGAAAGCUGAGACAGACUGAGCACGCUCAGAUGUUGCUUCACCUGCACCACCUCACACAGCUGAAAGACACAAAGAGAAACGACUCAGAGGACUGAAAGAUAAGAGACAGACUGAGCACGCUCAGUAGCUGCUUCACCUGGACCGCCUCACACAGCUGACAGACAAACCGAACCUUUCUGAUCACAUCAGAUCACAGUUUGAUUUAAGUUCAGCUUCUUCAUCACUCUGAAGAGGAGAUCUCAACACUUCAGGAGGACCAGGAGACCUCAAGAUGGGGGGUUCAGAGUCAACACUAAGAAGAUGGAUCAGAGACCUCCCUCCUCAUCUGUCUGGAUUAAUGAACAAACUUAAAGUCAGAAAGACGCAGAAGAGAACACCUGGAUAUGUUGCUGGAGGAGUAGGAGCAGGAGUAGGACUAGGAAUAGGACUCCUGUUCCUUGCAGCUCCGUUCACUAGGGGGGCUAGUUUAGCAGCAGUAGGAGCAGGAGUGUUAGGGGUAGCAGGAGGAGUAGUAGCAGGAAGAGCAGUAGCAGGAGGAGUAGGAGCAGAAAUAGGAGCAGCAGUAGGAAUAGGACACCUGUUCUUUGCAGCUCUAUUCAGUAGGGGGAGUAGUUUAGGAGCGUUACCAGUAGCAGGAGGAGCAGCAGCAGCAGCAGUAGCAGCAGAAGCAAGUGAAGGAGUAGCAGGAGGAGUACGAGCAGUAGCAGUAGGAAUUGGAGCAGUAGCAGGAGGAGUAGGAGCAAUAGUAGGAAUAGUAGUCCUGGUACUUGCAGCUCCGUUCACUGGGUGGGUUAGUUUAGCAGGAGGAGUAGCGUUAGCAGUAGCAGGAGGAGCAGUAGCAGGAGGAGCAGUAGCAGGAGUAGGACUCCUGGUCCUUGCAGCUCCGUUCACUGGGAGGAAUAGUUUAGCAGCAGCAGCAGCAGGAGUCGGAGCUGCAGCAGGAGGAGGAGGAGCAGUAGUAGGAGUAGGACUCCUGAUCCUUACAGCUCCGUUCACUGGGAGGGUUAGUUUAGCAGCAAUUGGAGCAGAAGUGUUAGCAGUGGUAGGAGGAGUAAUAGCAGGUGGAGCAGUAGCAGCAGGAGACACAGGAGGAGGAGCAGCAGCAGGAGGAGUAGUAGCAGCGGAAGACGCAGGAGCAGUAGCAGGAGCAAUAGGAGCAGUAGUAGGAAUAGGACUCCUGGCCCUUGCAGCUCCGGUCACUGGGGGGGCUAGUUUAGCAGUACUUGGAGCAGAAAUGUUAGCAGUGGUAGGAGGAGUAGUAGCAGGAGGAGCAGUAGCAGCAGAAGACGCAGUAGCAGGAGCUGCAGAAGGAGGAAUAGGACUCCUGGUCCUUGAAGCUCUGUUCACUGGGAGGGUUAGUUUAGCAGCAGCAGCAAUGUUAGCAGUAGUCGCAGGAGGAGCUGCAGCAGGAGCACUAGUAGGAGGAAGAUGAGCUGUGGUUGUAAAUGUAAAUGUGUGGUUGUAAAAAGGAAAGUGUUCAUGGAGAUUAUAGAACGGCUGAAGAACGAUCUGGAAGAAAUAAAGAGGAUGUGUGAGAAGUUCUUCAGGCUGGAAUCAUGCUGACAGACAUGGAGGACUUUCAGAGGAUUCUGGGACAAGUGUCUGAACUGGCAGGAAGGAGUGAAGAAGUUUUGUCUUUCACUGAAAUACCAUAGACUGUACUGUAUAUUAAUGGACAGAGCAUGUGUGAGUCACCCUUUGGUUUGUGGAGAUCAGCUUUGAGUCGUUGAGUUUUCCGUUACGGGCGCAGCCAUCCUGGUUGCGGAUAUGAUGAUUUUAGAUGAGAGGGAGGAGUGAAGGAGCA